UGAGAAGCAAAACUUGCAUGUAGGCUUGUGUGGGCUCACAAGUUGUAAGUCACAGCCUCAGGUCUCUCACCAUUUUCUCCACCAUUCACUCAUCGUUCAUCACUCUCCACGGCGGCGAUGGAGAGCUUAGCCCUUCGUUCUCUCUCCUCCUCCACCACCACCGCCACCGCCACCGCAUCUUUCCCCCGCCUCUCUCUCCUCCGCCGCAGAUCUCCGUCUCCCUCCGUCUCUCUCCCUUCUCUCCCCGCCGUCCGAUCUCUCUCCUUCAAACCCACUUCCAUCUCCUCCUUCUCUCUCAUCAGACCCUGUUCGCGUUUCUCCCCACGCGCCUCCGCGACGCCCCCGAGUGCCGAUGUAUCGCCGCCGCCGAAACCCCCUUCUCCUCCGCCUUCUCAGAGUGCUAAGAUCCUCCCUUUGAUCCUCUCCGUCGCCGUCGGCCUUGUACUCCGCUUCGCGGUUCCGAAACCGGAGGGUGUCACGCCUCAAGGUUGGCAAUUGCUCUCGAUCUUCCUCUCCACAAUCGCUGGUCUCGUCCUCAGCCCUCUCCCCGUCGGCGCGUGGGCUUUCAUCGGCCUCACCACCUCGAUCGUCACUCGGACUCUGCCGUUCGCCGCCGCGUUCUCAGCGUUCACGAGCGAGGUCAUAUGGCUGAUUGUCAUUUCCUUCUUCUUCGCUCGUGGGUUUGUCAAGACAGGGCUCGGCGACAGGAUCGCCACUUACUUCGUGAAGUGGCUCGGUAAGAGCACGCUUGGUCUGUCUUAUGGGCUGACUCUGAGUGAAGCCCUGAUUGCUCCGGCAAUGCCCAGCACGACGGCUAGAGCCGGCGGAAUUUUCUUGCCAAUCAUCAAGUCACUGUCGCUCUCGGCGGGGAGUAAACCCGGUGAUUCGUCGUCGAGGAAAUUGGGCUCUUUCCUGAUCCAGUCUCAGUUUCAGUGUGCCGGCAACUCCAGUGCCCUUUUCUUGACUGCCGCAGCACAAAAUUUGCUGUGCCUGAAAUUGGCUGAGGAGCUUGGAGUAGUGCUUUCAAGCCCAUGGGUUUCUUGGUUCAAGGCUGCUAGUUUGCCCGCAAUUCUAUCGCUUCUCUGUACUCCGCUAGUCCUGUACAAGCUUUAUCCUCCCGAAACCAAAGACACACCCGAAGCCCCUGCUAUCGCUGCCAAGAAGCUCGAGCAGAUGGGCCCUGUCACAAGGAAUGAGUUGAUCAUGGUUAGCACUAUGCUUCUGGCUGUGUCUCUCUGGGUCUGUGGAGAGGCUCUUGGAAUACCGAGUGUUGUAGCUGCCAUGAUCGGGUUAUCCAUACUUCUUCUUCUGGGCGUCCUCGAAUGGGACGACUGCCUUAGCGAGAAAUCAGCAUGGGACACGCUGGCUUGGUUUGCAGUCUUGGUGGGAAUGGCAGGACAGCUGACGAACCUCGGUGUGGUGACAUGGAUGUCGGAUUGUGUGGCCAAACUCCUGCAAUCUCUCUCGUUGGGAUGGCCAGCCGCGUUCGGAGUUCUACAGGCCGCGUAUUUCUUCAUCCACUAUCUAUUCGCCAGCCAGACGGGUCAUGUAGGAGCUCUCUACUCUGCUUUCCUCGCAAUGCACUUAGCGGCCGGCGUUCCGGGAAUCCUCGCAGCACUUGCUUUGGCUUACAACACCAAUCUCUUUGGCGCAUUGACGCAUUACAGUAGUGGCCAAGCCGCUGUUUACUACGGAGCGGGUUAUGUCGAUCUUCCGGACGUGUUCAAGAUGGGAUUCGUGAUGGCGUUCAUCAACGCGGUCAUAUGGGGAGUAGUAGGGACGUUCUGGUGGAAAUUUUUGGGUCUAUACUGAGAAUCUUAAACUCUGUGAUUAAGAAACGGUAAGUCAUCCAAGAUUUUAUAUACCAGAAAUCUUGAGAAGGAACUGACAAGACAUUUGCCUCUGUCUCUCCAUUGUUGAUCAUUUCUGGUCUUCUGGGUUUGGCGAUAGAGAUCGGACAUUCUUUGUCGCGUAGAUACAGAGUUGAAGCAGACGAGAGAUCUGUCCGAAUUUGUUCGAAAUAUGAAAAAAAUAAAACUUUUUUUUUUCC